UACUCCCUCCUCCCUCGGGUGAACCAGCUUCACAAGGAAUGUUUCACCCCAGAAACUGCUGCUGUAAAGCCACACACUGUCGCUGCUCCAGAUGUUUUGCUGCCCCUCCGAGAAGGCGAGUGAGAAAACGCCCAUGCAUACUGACGCUGCUCAAUCUCCCAGAGGAUGUUCUGUUGUACAUUCUAGAAUGCCUACCUGUCCCGGAUAUUCUAUCCAUGCGUAAAGUCCAUCCUUACUUGGGAAACUUGAUAGACACGUGCAAUAGUAUUUGGACCCGAGCCAGCUUCAGAGACAUUUGGCCUUCCCCUGAAAACUUGCAUCUCUUUGAAAGGGCGGCAGAGUAUGGCAACUUUGAAGCUAGUGUGAAGCUUGGAAUUGCGUAUUUGUACAAUGAGGGCUUAUCCAUGUCAGAUGAUGGCCGAGCGGAAGUCAAUGGACUAAAGGCCUCACAUUUCUUCGGCUUGGCAGAAAAGCUGAACACCAGAGCAGAUCCCUUUGUGUGGCUUUUUAUCCGGCCGCCUUGGUCCUCGUCUGGGAGCUGCUGUAAGGCUGUGGUGUUCGAUAGCUUGAAGGACAAAUGUGAAAAUGUCACAAGUGAAGUGCAGACAACAAUGACACUCAAGGGCUCUAUACAGUAUUGUUUGGGAAAGGUUCUCAAUCUUUUUGAGGAUGAGGAAAAGAAGAGAGAAGCUUUGAGGAUGUAUGAAGCUUCUGCUGCUAAUGGCUGUUUGCACAGCUCCUACCUCCUAUGGGAAUCUAAUUCAGAAAUCUCUUUAUUUGAUCCUGGCAGAUCCUUAGAAAGCCUUAGAAAGCUACGCGACUGUGCAGCAAAAGGAGUCUGGGAUGCUCAGAUGUCCCUGGCAAUCUUCAGCAAGUACUGGAAACAGCUGGGGCAGGAGCAGAGGUGGUCGCAUGAACUUGUGUCUCGUGUCUUCCAAUCCUCUCAACCCUUCAACAAAAAAAGCAUCUUCACAAAGCAAAAGGGGCUGAAUGACACAAUGCGGUACAUCUUAAUAGACUGGCUCGUAGAAGUGGCUACUAUGAAAGAUUUCUCCAGCCUCUGCUUACACAUGACGGUUGAUAUGGUUGAUCGAUACUUGAAGCAGCGUUUUGUCCAACGAGGCUUGAUCCAGCUUGUAGGAAUAGCAUGCAUGGUUCUCUGCACACGCUUUAUGAGCAAAGAGAUUCUAACAAUUAGAGAAGCCGUCUGGCUGACGGAUAACACGUAUACAUAUGAAGACCUGGUCCGAAUGAUGGGAGAGAUCAUUUCUGUUCUGGAGGGCAAGAUCAGGAUGCCCACUGUAGUGGAUUACAAGGAUCUCCUCUUGCAUGUCACCCCUCUGGACGGUGGAACCCUGAGCCUUUGCAGUUACAUCUCAGAGUUGUCCCUGCUGUAUACAGAACUGUCUGUGUAUUCGCCGGCUCAGAUAGCAGCUGGUUCUCUGCUGCUCGCUAGGAUACUGCACAAACAAGCACUACCAUGGCCUAGUCAUCUGGCUGAGAGCACGGGCUACACGUUAGAAAGUCUCACACCUUGUGUAUUACUGAUCCACAAGAAAUGCUUCCAUAGUGAUGCUCCAAAAGAUUACAGAAAAGUGCCUCUGACUGCUGUGAGACAACGAUUCCAAUUAUCUGCUCAAACGUUCAAUGAGGAGCAGGUGAUGGAACACAGCCAGUUGUGUGCAUUUCUUGGCGCUCCCCAUCCAGAUAAAGAGACUCCUGUGACACCACUGAAUGCUGCAGAUGUUGCGUUCUUGUGCUCCCCUUCCGGCAGCAAAACAAAACGGAAACGAGAAGACAGCAUCCAGGAAGAUAGGAGCAGCUUUGUGACCACGCCCACUUCCGAGCUGUCCAAUCAAGAAGAAGCACUGCUAGGGGACUUUCUAGAAUGGAGUCUGGAUUCCUCUUCUGGUUAUGAAGGAGAUUGGGAGAGUGAGGAUGACCGGGAAGGAGAUGUUAGCGUUCCAAGUGGGAUUCUGGAUAUCUCCGUGCUCAACGUGGAACAUGAUCACUGUCAAGACUCCAGUGACGAGGACGUGCCCAUCACUAUUCAGCUACCUCCAUUGCAAUCUAAAAAAGACCUUGAUACCCAGAACUUAAGAGGUGAAAACAGCUCUGGAUACUCUUCUGUCAGUAGCGGAGGAAGCCCUACCUCAUCUCCCACUGAAUCCCCCUUUAACCUAACCUCAAGACAAUCUCAAAGCAGACUGGUCCCCAUUCCUUACCUUAAACCUUGCAUACCUCACACGAAACCCAGAUACAAGCAAGUGAAGCGGAAAAAUCAAGCUCCACAUAGCGACGAUAUCACCCAUCCUUUAUAAAGACUCCCCUUCUAUUUUUGUAAAGAGAGAUUAUAUAUAUAUGUGUAUAUAUUUUGGAAUUUAAAAUAAACUGGAAAAAAGUG